UGUCAACAUAAUUUGGAUGUCAACAUUAAACAUGUGAUGCCUUUCAACUAUAAUCUUUGCCUUAAAAAUAUAUGUGGAUUCUAUUUAAAUUAAUGAAACUUAUUUGAAUUUUAAUUAAUUAUAGUACUUGUGAUGGAAAAGUAUAUAUCUUGAGAAAUUUCUUACUACACGUACUUAUGUUACAUCGAAAUUACAUAUCUUGUGUGCUCUUCACGCACUCCUUUGGCCUGUGUGAAAUGAAACUGAUCGAUGAACUUUUGUCUAAAUACUCCAAAUGGGAUCAAAUUUUAAAUUUGCAAGUAGGAAGUACCAAGUUGAAUAAAAGGUCGUGCACCUCUUUUUCUCUCUUCAUAUCCAUCAUUAUUUAACCUAUAGUUCCUAGUUAUAGCAAAUUGAUGAUUAAUUUACAUAUAAACAACAGAAGAUAUCAUGGAGAAUCAGCUUUUGCUUCCUACAAAUUACGGUAAAAAGGCAAUGGAAGAAGAGCUAAUAAGAGGACGUGACAUGGCAAAUCAAUUACUUGAAGUAUUAACUUUUGAUGAUAAGUCAAAUAUUAGAGAAGUUAAAGGGUCAAAUAUUGUUGCUGAAGAUCUUGUGCUUGAGGUGCUCAAAUCAUUGACAAAUACACUUUUGAUGUUGAACAAUGGCAAAGAGUCCAAUGAUAUGGCUGUUCCUACAACUCCUACAACUAUCAGAGAUUUUUCUUUUUCAUCCAAUUGCCCAAAGAUGGAGGAGGAUUUGGACAGAGGUUACAAGAAAUUCGAAACUCUCAACACCAAAAAUCCAAAAGGGUCGAACAAGAGAAAGUCAAGUGCACCAACUUGGGAAAAGACGGCAUCAAUAUUGAUCGAUGAUGGUCAUACAUGGAGAAAGUACGGACAAAAAAUGUUAACAAAUGCCAAAUAUUUCAGGAAUUACUAUAGGUGCGCUCACAUGUACGAUCAACAUUGUGAAGCAAUCAAACAUGUUCAAAGAAUUCAAGAGAACCCUCCUUUGUACCGGACUACAUAUUAUGACCAUCACACUUGCAAAAGCUCUUACCAUUCAGACAUAAAAUUGGAAUCCAUUUUGUGCUACGAUGACUCUUCUAUAUUACUUAGUUUCGAUAACAACAUUUCAAGUGAACAAGAAUUUCCAUUUCGACCGCGACCACCAUCGCCACAAUUGCCACUUCUUGCAUCUACAAAAGAGGAACCCAAGGAAGAGAUCCACAAUGAUCGUUUUCCUCGAGACCAAUUGCUCCCAUCAGAGAACCUCCAGUUAUGCGAUUUUGAUGUGUAUUUCGAUUAUUUAAGAGAUGUUAGUGAGUUAUCAUCGAUCGAAUCUUUUUAAUUUGAUAGUGUUCAUCGUUAGUUUGGAUUUUGAUUGCUAUGAAUAUGUUUCUACGUGCAAAAUUAUGCUUGAUUUGGCAUUGGAGGAUAAUUGUAAUGGGAAAUAAUCUAGCUAAGAUAGAGAAUAAUUUAUGGAGAUAUUUAUGAAAAGAUAAUCUAGUUUGUAUUUGUUUACUACCAUAAAAAACACUUCAAAAUUAUUUUCGGAAAAAAAAUGCAUUUUCUCA